AUGUCUCGGCGCAAGCAGGCCAAGCCACAGCACCUCAAGUCGGACGAGGAGCUGCCGCCGCCGGACGGGGCUCCCGAGCACGGCGCCCCCGGGGACGGCGCGGAGGCGGCGGACGGCGGCCCUGAGGCCCGCGGCGGCGAGGAGACCAGCGUGUGCGAGCACUGCUGCGCCGAGUUCUUCAAGUGGGCCGACCUCCUGCGGCACAAGCAGAGCUGCACCAAGAAUCCACCGGUGUUGAUCGUGCAGGACGAUGAGCCAGCGCCGCCUUCCGAGGACUUCCCGGAAGCGUCUCCCGCCAGCUCCCCCAGCGAGCACACGGAGAGCGAGGCCGCCGAGGAGGAGGGCGCGGAGGGCGAGGCGCGGCCGGCCGGCAGGGAGGCCCGCGAGGCCUCAGAGGCUGCGGACACCGAGCCCAUGGACGUGCAGCCCCCGGCGGAGCAGGGCUGUGCCGGCCCUGGUGCCCCCAGCGCGGCCCGGCCCGCGCCCACUCCGGCUCCCACGCCCGCCUACGGCAUGCCCAGCACCAACGUGACACUGGAGACGCUGCUCAGCACCAAGGUGGCGGUGGCGCAGUUCUCCCAGGGUGCGCGGGCAGCAGGCGGCGCAGGCGCCGGUGGCGGCGUGGCUGCGGCGGCGGUGCCCAUGAUCCUGGAGCAGCUUCUGGCCCUGCAGCAGCAGCAGAUCCACCAGCUGCAGCUCAUCGAGCAGAUCCGCAGCCAGGUGGCCUUGAUGCACCGCCAGCCCCUGCGCCCCUCACUCAGCCCCGCUGCGGCCCCAAGCACACCUGCGCCAGCCUCCAGCCAGCUGCCCGGGCUGACCGGGGCCCCCGCCCUGCCGCUCUCAGCCGCCAACCCUGGCACUGCCGCCCCCGUAGUCUUCGAGGGCCCACAGCCCCUGCCACGGCCCGCAUCGGGUGCCAGUACCCCUGGUGGCCCCGCGGUGCCCCCAGAGCCUGGCACACCCGCGGCCCCCAGUACGGCCCCAGGCCCUGGCGCCCCACAACCCCCAAACGCCACCACGCCCCCCGCCCUGGGCCCCGCACCGCCACCACUGGGAUCGGCCCCCAGCCUGCCAAGCCCACUUCUACCUCACACCUCCUCGAGCAGCGUCAUUUUCCCCAACCCACUGGUCAGCAUCGCAGCCACGGCCAAUGCCCUGGACCCCCUGUCAGCCCUUAUGAAGCAUCGCAAGGGUAAACCCCCCAAUGUGUCCGUGUUCGAGCCCAAGGCCAGCGCCGAAGACCCCUUCUUCAAGCACAAGUGCAGGUUCUGCGCCAAGGUCUUCGGCAGCGACAGCGCGCUGCAGAUCCACCUGCGGUCGCACACGGGGGAGCGGCCCUUCAAGUGCAACAUCUGCGGGAACCGCUUCUCGACCAAAGGCAACUUGAAGGUGCACUUCCAGAGGCACAAGGAGAAGUACCCCCACAUCCAGAUGAACCCCUACCCCGUCCCAGAGUACCUCGACAACGUGCCCACCUGCUCGGGGAUUCCCUACGGUAUGUCGCUGCCCCCGGAGAAGCCUGUGACCACCUGGCUGGACAGCAAGCCCGUGCUGCCCACGGUACCCACCUCGGUGGGACUGCAGCUGCCUCCCACAGUCCCAGGAGCCCAUGGCUAUGCGGACUCCCCCAGUGUCACCCCUGCUAGCCACUCCCCACAGAGGCCAUCCCCGGCCUCCAGCGAGUGCCCCUCCUUGUCCCCUGGCCUCAACAACCCUGAGUCAGGCAUCCCAGUGUCUGCCGAGUCCCCGCAGCCGCUCCUCAGCACAUCUCUGACGAAGACUGAGCCGCUGGGCCUGCCCGGCACCACCGCGAGGGCAGGUGACGCCCCGGCCGGAGGCCCGGCCAGCUCAGCAUCCACGUCCACCACCAGCGCGGCCGGCCCAGCCACGGACAGCGUGUCUGCAAGCCUGGGCAGCCCUGGGCUCCCUGUGGUCUCCGACCAGUUUAAGGCGCAGUUCCCCUUCGGGGGGCUGCUGGACUCCAUGCAGACGUCGGAGACCUCGAAGCUGCAGCAGCUGGUGGAGAACAUCGACAAGAAGAUGACUGACCCGAACCAGUGCGUCAUCUGCCACCGCGUGCUGAGCUGCCAGAGCGCACUCAAGAUGCACUAUCGGACGCACACGGGGGAGAGGCCGUUCAAGUGCAAGAUCUGCGGCCGCGCCUUCACCACCAAAGGCAACCUGAAGACGCACUUCGGCGUGCACCGCGCCAAGCCGCCCCUGCGCGUUCAGCACUCCUGCCCCAUCUGCCAGAAAAAGUUCACCAACGCCGUGGUCCUGCAGCAACACAUCCGUAUGCACAUGGGCGGGCAGAUCCCCAACACGCCUCUGCCUGAGGGCUUCCAAGACAACAUGGACUCCGAGCUUGCCUGUGACGAGAAGAGCACGGAGACCCUGAGCGGCUACGACGACGACAUCGAGGACAACUCCAUGGAGGAGGACGCUGAGCUGAAGGACUCCACCAGUGACCCCGCCAAACCACUUCUAUCCUUCACAGGGUCCUGCCCGCCCUCACCACCCUCUGUCAUCUCCAGCAUCGCUGCUCUGGAGAACCAGAUGAAGAUGAUCGACUCGGUCAUGAACUGCCAACAGCUGACCGGUCUGAAGUCCAUGGAAAACGGGUCAGGGGAGAGUGACCACCUGAGCAACGACUCCUCAUCCGCUGUAGGAGACCUGGAGAGCCGCAGUGCUGGCAGCCCCGCGCUGUCCGAGUCCUCGUCCUCACAGCCACUGUCCCCCACCAACAGCAACGGGGAGAGCUUCCGCUCCAAGUCGCCAGGCCUGGGUGCCCAGGAAGACCCACAGGAGAUGGUCCUCAAGACCGAAAGGCCGGACAGCCCAUCCCCAGUCCCAGGAAAUGGAGGUGCCCUGGACCUGACCGCUGGCCCUCCCGGCCGGCCAGCCAUCAAGGAGGAAGCCCCCUUCAGCCUGCUGUUCCUGAGCAGAGAGCGGGGUAAGUGUCCGAGCACUGUGUGUGGUGUCUGUGGCAAGCCCUUUGCUUGCAAGAGCGCGUUGGAGAUCCACCUCCGCAGCCAUACCAAGGAGAGGCCCUUUGUCUGCGCGGCCUGCGGGCGCGGGUGCUCCACUAUGGGUAAUUUAAAACAGCACUUGCUGACGCACAGAUUGAAAGAGCUGCCUUCUCAGGUGUUUGACCCCAACUUUGCUCUAGGUCCCAGCCAAAGCACUCCUAGCCUGGUCUCCAGUGCCGCGCCCAUGAUCAAAAUGGAGGUGAACGGCCACAACAAGGCCAUCACGCUGGGCGAGGGCCCACCGCUGCCAGCUGGAGUCCAGGUCCCUGCGGGGCCUCAGACAGUGAUGAGCCCAGGCCUCACACCCAUGCUGGCCCCUCCACCACGCCGGACACCCAAGCAGCACAACUGCCAGUCCUGCGGGAAGACCUUCUCCUCAGCCAGCGCCCUGCAGAUCCACGAGCGAACCCACACUGGAGAGAAACCAUUUGGCUGCACCAUCUGUGGCAGGGCCUUCACCACCAAGGGCAACCUCAAGGUGCAUAUGGGGACACACAUGUGGAAUAACGCCCCUGCUCGGCGUGGCCGCCGCCUCUCAGUGGAGAACCCCAUGGCACUGCUAGGGGGCGAUGCCCUGAAGUUCUCAGAAAUGUUCCAGAAGGAUCUGGCAGCUCGGGCAAUGAACGUCGACCCCAGCUUUUGGAACCAGUAUGCUGCAGCCAUCACAAAUGGGCUGGCCAUGAAGAACAAUGAGAUUUCUGUUAUCCAGAAUGGGGGCAUCCCCCAGCUCCCCGUAAGUCUGGGGGGAAGUGCCAUCCCCCCCUUGGGGACCAUGGCUAGUGGGAUGGAUAAAGCGCGUACCGGCAACAGCCCACCCCUUGUCAGCUUGGACAAGGCGAGCUCAGAAACAGCAGCCAGCCGCCCGUUCACAAGGUUCAUUGAGGAUAACAAGGAGAUUGGCAUAAACUAG